AUGAAAGUGGACAAGAUCCUCCUCAGCUACGCCGGCGCAGAGUUUCUAUUCCUCGCUGGCGGUAUUAUUCUCCUGGUGGCAUCACUGUUAUUUGAUCGACAAGUGCAUCCUACACCAACUCUGGCCAACGCUCCAGAUACUAUACUGCUGGGAAUGCUUCCUUUUAAGGCUGGCCUCGUAAACGCCAUAUUUGUGUUUAUCACCUCCGCCCUCGCCAUACCGAGUUUGGUCUUUCGCGACAGCCGGUUCUGGCUCAAGCUGCAGGGAUGGAUGAUCGUUGCAUGCAGUAUAUUCACACUUGUUCUCGGCCUGAUCAUCUGGAUCGAAACGCUCAAGACGCGAGCAAUGCUGAGUACUGCCUGGGGCCGUCAAACCGUCAACGUGCAAAGUUUCCUCCAGCAAAAGUUCGACUGCUGUGGCUACUACAACAGCACUUCACCCCUCUUUGUUACUGAUGGCACCUGUCCUACUGCCCUAAUCGCAGAAGGGAAACAAGGCUGUGUCGGCCCAUUUUCCAGCUUUGCUAAUCAGCUUUUGGAUCUUAUCUUCACCGCGGCGUUUGGUAUUGUCGCAAUCGAUGUGAUCCUGCUCCUCUCCGUCGCCGUGGUCGUCAAGGAUCGCAAGGAGAAGGAGAGAUAUCGCUUUAUCGACGCCAAGGUGGGAUUUACAGCUAUUUAG